AUGAAGUCUUUCUCCCCCGUUGCUCUGGCCUUGAUGGCCGCCUUUGGCAUGGUCGCCGCUGACACUGCCGCCUCCGUCUCUGAUUGCGCUUCCAUGUGUCUCUCCAACAUGAACGCGCAGGCUUCCCAAUUGGGUUGCAACUCUGGUGACCUCGCCUGCCUGUGCAAGAGUGACAACUACAAGUUCGGCAUCCGGGACUGCACCAAGGAGGCCUGCCCCAGUGACGACCCCGAGCAGGUUCUCGCUAUGGCCGUUGCCAAGUGCCCUGGCGGUGUCGCUGGCUCUGACACCAGCUCCAGCUCUGUUUCCGGAUCUGAGUCUAGCUCUACCUCCAGCUCCGACUCCGCCACCACCUCUGGCUCUGACUCCACUGCCACCAGCUCCGACGCCAGUGCGACGAGCACUGGCGCAGCGGUCUCCACUGCCACCGGCACUGACGUGAGCGUUACUAGCACUGACGCCUCUGGCUCCAAGGCUGCCACCGGCACUGACGUGAGCGCUACUGGCACUGACGCCUCAGGCUCAGGUUCUGGUGCCAGCGGCUCCGCUACCAGCACUGGCUCCGUUUCCACAAUCACCAGCACUGACGCCUCCAGCUCCAUGGUGACCAAGGCUAGCACUGGCGCAUCUUCCACUUCCACCGGCUCCAGCGGCUCUGGUUCUGAGUCUGGCUCCGGCUCCGGUUCCGGUUCCAGCUCUGACUCCGACAGCUCUACUUCUAGCUCCACGGCCGGCGCUGCUGCUUCGACUACCAGCCACGGUGCCGCUGCUGCCAUGGCUACUGCUGGUACUGGUGCUAUGGGCGUCCUCGGCAUGCUUGCAAUCUUCGCGUUGUAA